AUGGUUGUGUGCAAUGAGGAGGAAUCAACAUACCUAGCUUUGCCCCAUGGAACAGACGGUUUGAGGAGCGGUUUGCUUAAUUGUCUUUGUCAAACAGUUGAUAUGCAGUUCCAUUUUUACGGAUUUAAACUCUCUCUCUCUCACACACACACACACAAACACAGAGAGAGAGAGAGAGAGAGAGAGAGAGAGAGAGAGAGAACUUUUGUUUGGUACAAAGAACAAAUAGAAAGUUAGAUUGCUUGAAGGUGACAGCGGUGGACGCAGGGGAGGGGGGGUGGAAGGGGAGAGGCAGAAGGGACGUGCCCAUCCAACAGUACCUGAGGAACCCCUGUCCCUCCUCCCCCCAUAAAAUAAAACAGUAUAACGAACAAACCGAGACAAAACCGAUCGAUUUUUCCAUUCCUGCGCCUUACUAUAGGAAAAUUGUCCAAGCGUAAUGUUUAUUUUUUUUUUGUUUCACCUUUAUGCUCCCCCGCCUUAACUACAACCUUGAAUCCACAAGUGAGGUACGAGUUGCUUUAGCAAACACUUCAUCUCGUGACAACACGGCGUUUUGUUGGCAAAGAAUCACGUUCAAUGAAAAUCAGAAUGUCGCUGAUAUGAAAAAAAAAUCAACAGCUCGACAAGUUGAAAAGCCCUCUUUGGUUUUUGUUUACCUAGAAUUUUGACUUCUACGGUUGUGAUUCCCUGUAAGGACGUACACCAUGAAUUAAGAACUUCACGUUACUGAAAAUUUAUGACCGUUAGAUACUGAAGAAGGACAGGCAACAGAAGGUUACGCGCAGUGCUGGAUUACGUCAGAAUUGGAUUUGUUAACAAUUGCAGAUUCGAACACCUGAUUUAAGGCAACGGAUCAGGUGACCUAAACAGGAUCGUCUGCGGUAUUAGGAAGUGCCGCCAUUUAUUGAACAGCAGCUAGAAUAACGGACGUGAGACUGCAUUGAUAUUGCGGACACCGAGGCACGAGGACGGACCCCGUUUAUUCCCCUCCCCGUAUAAUUAAUAGAAGGGCGGUACCAACAAUGCGCAGAAUUAGCAAAAAUCUCUGGCCUGUUACAAUUCAUAAAGAGCGAGGAAAUAUGCAUGUGAAUGUGGUCCAUGUUCUGGUCGGGUUGGUCAUUUUCCAGGUAGUACUUAAUGUGUUUUAUUUGGCAAGUUUAGCGAGGCCAUCUCGUGAGUGCGAAGAUGGGAUAGUAAAAUCUGCGUCGGCAUACAACGCUAGGAGAGGAAAGAGGACGGGAAAUCUUGAAGAAUUGGAGAAAUCGCAAGAACUCUGUCUUGCUUAUCCGCACACACUCGUUGGUCGCAUUACCAUAGACGUUAACGUUACAAGUACUCUAGAGGACAUAAAACACGCUAUGCCUGCCAUGACUUGGGGAAAAUGGCAACCGACAGACUGCAAAUCAAGCCACCGAGUUGCCAUCAUCAUCCCGUAUCGUAACCGCAGACAUCACCUUUGUUUGUUGUUACGCUAUCUUCACCCUUUCUUGCAGCGACAACAAUUACACUACAGAAUUUUUUUAGCGGAACAGGCAGGAGUAGGCACUUGGAACAAGGGUCGCGUCAUGAACGCUGGAUAUCUCGAAGCCGCGAAAUUGUUCGACUUCCAGUGCGUCAUUUUCCAUGACGUGGAUCUAGUGCCGGAAGACGAUCGGAACAGUUACGGCUGUCACGACACUCCCCUUCAUAUGUCGUCUGCUCCGAGUCAAGAUAAGUACAAAACCUUGUACAAGUCCCUUGUUGGCGGUGUGCUAAAAUUUCCCCGUGAACAUUUUCUGAAGGUCAACGGUUACUCCAACGAGUACUGGGGGUGGGGCGGAGAAGACGACGACAUGGCGCUCAGGCUAAAAGCAUCCGUGUUUGGAUUUGAGCGAGUCGAUCUCGCGCUAGGACGAUAUACAUCUUUAACCCACGAAAACAGAGAUACAAAUCCUCGCAGGAUGGCACUGUUGAAGAACGCAAAAAGCAAGAAAAAUUCCGACGGCGUGUCCGCCAUACCAUACCACGUGGAAGCAGUGACGGACGAAAAACUCUACACACAUAUUUUGAUAUCUAUUUAAAACAUUCUGUAGAGAAUUUAAUCACUAAUUUUAUGGUCAUCAUCAUCGUCGUCAUCACCAUUAUCAUCAUCGUCACCGUCUUCACCGUUAAGAGUCGUUAAAGGACGUAAAAGACAUUUGAGUGUUAAUGUUCGCAGUAGUUGGGACUUAGGGACCAUUCCCACAGAUAUUUGGAUCGAUCUAUCUCCCUAGGGAAUCUCACUAAAUU